AUGUACAGAUGUCCUCUCUGUAAACAUCAUAUCACAAGACUCUCGCUCUCACUCACUCACAACAUAGCUGACCAGGAAUCCUUUUGUUUUUUUUUACUGAUCAGUAAUUCGAUUUUUUUAAAGAUUAACUUUUCUUCUUCUUUUCUCAGACACCAUUUCUCUUUUCUUUUUCCACAUUCUCUUUCUUCCUUUCUAUUACUUCUUUUUUUGUUUUCCUCAUUCUUUUUCGCCGUUUCAUUUAUUACUGUUCUUUGUUCCUUAUUCUCUAUACCCGUUUCUUUUAUUUUCUCUUCAUUCUCUUUGCACGUUUCUUUUCUGUUUUCUUCAUUUUCUUUGCUUUUUUCCUUAAUCUCUUGGUUCGUUUUCUUUAUUAAUUUUCUCUUUCGUCGCUUACUUUAUUUCUUUUCUUUUUCCUUAUUCUCUUUGCUCGUUUUCUUUUUUCAUUCCAUUCUCUCGUUUCCUUUCUUUUUUCCUCAUUCUCUUGGCCAAUUUCCUGCUUCCGUUUCUCAUUUGCCUCAUUCGUCUUCUUGUUUGUUUUCUUCUUUUCUUUUCUUUGUUAACUCAUUCCCUUCGCUCGUUUCUGCUUUGUUGUUGUUUCAGUUUAUCUUUUAUUUAUUCGAAACAACAAUACAUUUUCGAACAGAUUUCCAACGCAAGUCCCCUGAGCAUUUUUCAAGACUGUUAAGAAAAUGUGGAUUGGUUAGUUGA